GUUUUUAUUUACAUGUGCUGCACAUUAUCCACCUAAAAUUUCCCUAGCAUAUUUAAAUUUGACUUUAAUCAUUAUCAAACAAUAGUAAAAACCAAAAUGAAGCGUAAAUCGGAAACCGGAAACAAGCCAGCGUUCGUGAAGCGAAAAGUUGAAAUUGUGUUCGAUCCAACCAAGCGACAAGAAUUUCUAACCGGAUUCCACAAGCGCAAAGUGCACCGGAAGAAGAUAGCCAACAGCCAAAUCGAACGCAAGCUAAAAGAGGAAAUACGCCGAAUCCGCCAUGCCGCCAAGGAUAACGUUAAAAAACUGUACCAUUCGUACAAACCGAUUCCGGAGUUGACUGCCGAAGACCAUGAGGAAGAGCAGGAGUAUGAUACCGAAAACGUAACGGUGAAGGUGGUGGAAUUAUCCACCACGGAUCUGGCAAAGCAGAACAAUUGGAUCGGUGAGAACCGGGCAGUCGUGCGCGGCGAAGUUGACGAGGAAGAGGAAGAAGACGAAUCGUCCAGCGAAGAUGAAGAGACGGUCCUGGAUACGGUUCCCGGUAUGCAGCUUGCUGGCGAGAAGCCGAAAAAGAGAAAAUUUUCCAGAAAAAACGACAGCGAAGAGGACGAACGUCAGGAUCAGGAGGAAGAACCGACCUCUAGCACCGGAAAGCCGAAACCGCGCGGUCCGGUUUUGAACCUGGAAGGUAUCAGUUCGAAGAAGGAACUGAACAAAAAGCUCAAACGGCAUGCCCAAAAGUCGAUGUUGAAGAGCAAGGCCUUCCAGCGGUCGGUCCGGGUGCAGCAGCAGAAGCAGUUGAAAAAAUCUCGCCGAGUGCGACAUUUCAAAACCAAACAUCUGGAGCGGAAAGGAAAAUUGACCGACGGUGAAAAGCAAGGAAAGGGGAAAAAGCGCGGUAAGGGAAGGGAUUAGUUGGAAGG